CGGGGCGCGGUCACGGCGCCUGGUCACGUGCCGCGGGCGGAGGAGCGCGGCGCGAUGGCGGCGCCGGGCGGAGGUGCGAAGGAGGACUCGUUCAACGUGCUGGACCUGGCGGAGUACACCAAGAACCGGCCCUGGUGGCGCAAGGUCUUCGGCCCCAGCUCGGGGUCGAGCGCUGAGAAGUACAACGUGGCCACGCAGCUGGUGAUCGGAGGGGUGACGGGCUGGUGUACUGGAUUCAUCUUCCAGAAAGUUGGAAAGCUGGCAGCGACAGCAGUGGGAGGUGGCUUUUUCCUCCUUCAGAUUGCAAACCACACGGGAUACAUCAAAGUGGACUGGAAGCUGGUGGAACGGGACAUGAACAAAGCCAAGCAGCAGCUGAAAUUUCACAGCAGUGGUAACAAAAUGUCUCCAGAAGUGAAGAGCAGAGUGGAUGAGGUGAUCAUAUUUUUGAAGAAGAAUGUUAUCCUGACUGGAGGGUUUGCUGGAGGAUUCCUGCUUGGAAUGGCAUCCUAGGAACUGUGCUUGACUCUCCCUUUGUGUCCAGCCUCCUUUGCCCUCCUCCACUGCUGUUCUGUUUCACUUAGAAUUCACAGGAUGUUGCUGACAGGCUCAGUCCCUUCUGCUCACAGGUCCCAGGUGUUAUUUUUUACAACACUGCUUCUGAUUUCCAACUGUUUCCUCUGGGUGGGUUUAGGGUGCUGGGAUCAGCCUGAAAGCUUGUAACUCCCAGUGUAUCACUGCAACUCCUUUCCCCACUAAAUAUGCCCAGUCCCAGAUUUUCUGUUGAGCUGCAAUCUCAUAAACAUGUGGUAGCAGUGAAGACUCCUAAACGUGCUACUUCCCAGGUGCUCAGGGCUGUUGCCUGUUCAUUUGUCUGCCAGUGUGUGUGUACAGCAGCUCUUCACUGCUAUUUAGCUUGCACCUGUUCUGCCCCAAUACCUGGAAAGCCUCUGCUCCCCUCUGCACAGAGAUGGUGUGUGCAGUCCAAAAUGUGCUUGGCUUUCCUGGGUUGGAAGCAGAAAUGUCAAGGGACAGCCUGGGCUGACUGGGACAGGUGGGUAAGGAGCGAGUCGAUGCUCUACGUGGUGCUGGGGCUUCUCCUGCCCUCCCUCUGCCAUUGCACUGCACCUAGAUGGCCAUUUGGCUUCUCUGAUGUGAUUUAUACCCCUGACUGGAACUGCAGCAUUGGCACUGCAUGGAAACUGAGCAUCUUGGGUGACUCUCCAGGCCCUUUCCUGUCAUCGUGUGUUCUGGAAGUCACUGCAGAGCACCUUCCUGGCUGCUCAGCCUCUGACAUGUGCUGAGCUCCAGUCCUGUGUCAGACUUCCAGUGUGCUCCAUCUUUGUCAGGCCAGCUGGCACAGGUGGGACGUGUUUCAGCUGUGCUACUUACUGUCAACCACCUUUGGCCUCAGACUGGUGUUUCUAGGUCUGCCAUGACCUUCUCUGGUAUCUUUGGAGCUGGUGAUGUUCUGAGAUGUAACCGUGCAGGACAGGAUUGUAGGCAGGAAAUACAUCCCUGCUGAAGGUACCUUGUACUGAUCCAGGGUCCCUGUUGCCAGCUCUAGGGGAGUGGUGAUGAGGGAGGAUGUGGAAUCUGGAAUGCAGUCCUUGACCUGCCUCUGCAGAGCACAAACUCAAUCUCUCUGGUCUCUGCAAGCAAAAGACAUGACAAUACUUGGGAAAACCAGGUUGGGCUCUUCUGGGAGCAGCUCCUUUCCCUACUUCCUGUCUUGGUUAUUUUCCUUCUUCACAUUUAGCAUUUCCACCAAAAAAAAACCCACAAAACAAAAGAUACUUGCUUAAUUCCAUCAGAUGGAAGCAGCCCUUCUCCUACAGGUGAGGAAACAGUCCAGGUGCAGAGCUCAGCUGGUUUUGGACAGUGUCCCAAUGCAGAUGUGUGCAGAGCAGAACUCUAACCUAGGAGAGAAAAUUAUAUUAAAAAAAUAAUCCCUUUGAAUUGUUCUGCAUUGGCUGUGGCACGCUGGCAUGACAGCUUUCCAGAGUGUGAGGACAUGACAGGAGGGUGGUUUUCUCCAGCAGGUACAUGUAGGAGUUCUUGCCUGUAAUGUGGGAUUUUAUGUGGAAGUCAGCACAUCCUUCCCUGGGACAUGUUCUAGGGAGUGAUGGCGUGUGUGGGUGAGGCAGCACCUGGUUCAGUGGCUGCACUGCAUCUGCAGAGCUGGAUGGUGCCUUCCUGGUCAUCCACACCUGCCCUCUGCAUGGCUGGAAGUGGGAUCUUCCUCCAAGAGCUGCUGAAAGAGCUGGCACAGUGGGUUCUUCCAGCAGAGGUUUUGGGAUGAGCACUUGCAGUUGUUAAUUUUGUUUCAGUUUUGUUGAAGUGUCAGUGUGGCAACACGUUGAUUUAGGUGUUUUCUCACCUUCAGGAUCUGAGAAGAGACUGCAGGAGAAACAGGAAUUGGUAUCUUUGUUCCUGCUCUGCCAUAAGUGGCCAAGGAGAUUAAAGGAGCCCUGGGCUUGCAUCCUUUUAAUGCUAGUCUUCCUAAAAGCCCUGCAGAGCUGCAGCAGUGAUGUGGUGCAGCAACUGGGUCUUCAUUAAAUUGGUGUUUGGGAGUGCAGUGACAGAUGGUGGUGGUGGCUUUGGGUUGUUUUGGUUUUUUGUAGGAACCUUGCAGGGCUGAUGGUGCAUGAAUUGAUGUGUUUGUAUUGCAGGAUCUCUCUUGUUCCUGUAGGAAAAAGUGUUGCCGCCCCUCUGCCUGGUGCUGCAAAGCACAGCUUCUUCUGAGAUGCACUAAUCUCCACAAAGCUUUCUCCAACGACAAAGCUCAAAGUAAACCAUUAACAGACCUUAGGGAUGUUUUUCAGGCUCAAAUAAAUCACUAUUUCUGCCCAGCUCUGGCAAAGGAUGCAGUGGGUUCUGCUCCACAGCGUCCUGCCUUCCUGCUAUGGAGAGAAACGGCCCAGAGAGGGAGCUAAAAUGCCUCAGUUGCUGCUGGAAGGGGAAACGAGUAACAAAUGUGGAGUUUGACAUGAAUUCAGGCAGGGAGUGGACAAGGACAUCGGGCUCAGGCUGAUCUUCCUGCUGUGCCACUGUUGGGCUCUGGGCCCAUUAGAUGCUCUGGUCCCACAAAGGAAGCACUGAUGCUGAACCAGCCUCUGUGGGAUGCUUUGUCAAUGUUGCAGGUGCCAAGGUGAGCUGCUCCCCCUCUCCUCACCCCUGCUCCUCUUGGUCUUGUUUCAUCAACCUCUGGCAUCUGUUGCAGUAUGAGAAGUUUUAAAACACACUAGGCUUUUCAAGUGUUUUUAUAUAUUGUAUGUAAAUGCUUGUUGAAGUGAUAUUUUAUUAAACAGUUUUGCUCUUCUA